UCACGCAGGCAGCAGGCGAAAAAAUGCAUUUGCUCGACUCGUCCAUUUCGUUUACUGCUCCACCAGAGUGAAGUCUCUUCUGGUUCAGCGCUGUUCAAGAAAUCCUUGAUUAUCUCGACCAGGACAAUUAAAACAAAAAUCAUCCAUCAUGGCCACCGCUGGAAAGGACAUUGAGAAGCCCGUUGCCGAGGUUGCGACCGUGCACCGCAUUCGCAUCACCCUGACCUCGCGCAAUGUCCGCAGCCUGGAGAAGGUUUGCGCUGAUCUGAUCAGCGGAGCCAAGAAGCAGAAGCUGCGUGUUAAGGGGCCGGUUCGUAUGCCGACCAAGAUCCUGCGUAUCACUACCCGUAAAACACCUUGCGGUGAGGGUUCCAAGACAUGGGAUCGCUUCCAGAUGCGUCUGCACAAGCGUAUCAUCGAUCUGCACUCUCCCUCGGAGAUCGUGAAGCAAAUCACCUCGAUUAACAUCGAACCCGGUGUAGAGGUUGAGGUCACCAUCGCCGACCCUUAAACGAAUCGGCUUCGGGAGCUACCGAGCAGCCCAUCCAUUCGUUCGUUUGUUUGUGCUAACUGAUUGUGUAGAAUGAGAACCAUUCCCUCACCUGUUGGCGGCAAACGGACUUUGGUGGUCCAUGAAAGCAGCGGCAACUGGUUGCCGCUUGUUUAACUUUUUAUAUUAAAAAGUUACCAAAAAAUAAAAACCCAAAAAAUGAA